AACCUGACGCAUCCGGAGGAGGCGUUGCAGUGGGCGGAGCUUGUGGUCCCUCCUUGAGCCUCCACCCAUCAGAUGAAACUCGGAGUUUCUGCUCGUUUCACCGACCCGCGUCUCACCUGAGCAGAUCCAGCCAUGAGGGGGCGCUCCUCCAGCGUUGGUCUCGUCCUGCUUUGGUUCUGCAGCCUGAUGAUCGGAGGAGCAGCAGGACUGAGAAUCUGUUCCUACAACAUCCAGAAGUUCAACAAGAACAAGGCAGCAAAUUACAGAGUGAUGCACACACUGACCAAGAUCGUGUCUCGCUGUGAUAUCUGCGUCCUGCAGGAUGUUGUGGAUCCGAAACUGGAAGCAGUCAAAGUUCUGGUGGCGUCGCUCAAUAGGUCAAAUAAAAGGUAUGAUGAACAUCAUUAUGAAUACCUGUCUAGUCAAAGUCUGGGAAAGGCCUCUGAUGACCUUGAGCAGUACGUCUUCAUCUACAGGACACACCUGGUGAAACGGUUGGAUCAGCACCAGUACGAAGGUAAAGCCUUCGUCCGGCCGCCGUUUGCCGUCCAUUUCAGCUGCAAUAAAACUGACAUCAAGAAGUUCGUUUUGGUUCCGCUCCACACCGACCCGGAUCACGCCGUCCAGGAGAUUGACUGGCUCUACGACGUCUUUGAGGAAGUCAGCGCAAAGUGGAACAACACGAACGUGAUGUUCCUGGGAGAUUUCCAUGCCGGCUGCGCCUACGUCACCCGGGACGACAAGAAGAACAUCCGACUCUUCACCAACUCCAACUUCUCCUGGCUGAUCGGAGACCGAGAGGACACCACCGUCACCGACCUGACCAACUGCCCCUACGACAGGAUCGUGGUUCAUGGUCAGUCCUUCCUGCAGGGCAUCAGGCCGGACUCUGCAAAUGUUUUCAACUUCGGCAAAGAAUUCAGACUCCGGCAGGCCAAGGUCAGAUCACCCUCAGCUGGACUUACUGAUGAAGCCUCUUCUCCACCCUGGAUUUUAAUGAGAGGCACCAGAGAGACAUCAACAUUUUGAACAAAUCCUUCAUUUUCCUUCCACUUCACAUUUAUGCACCACUUUGUUUCCACCAGAUAAAAUCCCAAUAAAAAUCCUCCAUCUUUGUGGUUGGAUUAUAAAGUUUUUAUAUGGAAGCAAAACACACUACAAACACAUAAAUGAUGUAAACUCUUAAAAACAUAAAAAAUGCUGCAAAUUAUAAAAACAUUAUAUAAAAACACUGCAAGUUGACGGCCCAAAACAGCAGUCCUCCAGGCCACCAGGGGGAGUCUGGAGUUUGUAACGUUACCUACAUAAAUAUGCUGCUGUCAGUAAAGACUGCAGUGGUGAGAACGGCCCAGUCAAAGUCACAUCAGAGUUCAGGGUUCAGAGUUCAGGCACAGAACGGCCCUGGGUCGUAACUUCACAUCCAAAAUGGAAGACUGGUCACUGUUUAUUCAUCCUAAAAGACUUUUAGGAUGGUCAGUAGAUAAAAAGACCAACUACAACCAAACAGAUAAUUUUAAAUGUUCAAUGUGUUCAAAUAUCUGCAGUAUUUCUGCUGGAGAUAUUUGUUUUGUUAUGACUUGUUGAAUUCAAUAUUAUCACCAUUUAUUUUAUGCAGAUAAAACUUAGUUUGGUAUAAAGUGGAGAUAAUAACAAAGAUCAAGUUCAGGACAAACAUACGGCUUAUAGAAAACGUAAAAUAAAUAUCUGGUGCUACACGUGAAUAAUAAAAGUCUAAUGGAACUAAAAUCUCCUUUUUAGACAAAAGUUGUGACUUUAUGAGCCAAAAUUUUAACAAUAAAUUCAUCAGUUUCUUCCUCUAGUCCUAUAAGAAACCAUUUGUUUAGAAAUCAUGAUAAUAAACCGAGCAGCUUUCUAUUCCACUCCCACAAAAAAGAUAGCAGGAAGGAGGUAGAGCACUGGGACCGGGCCAAAGACCUUUUCUUUCUUCCUCCAUCUUUCCCAUGUGAUUUGAUGGCCGGCGCCCCCUGGUGGCCAGGAGGACAAAUGGUCUGUGGUGCGAGUUUAUUCACAGCUUUUUCCCUUUUGCUUCCAUUUUCUGUAGCUGCAGAGUUUUUCUGUUGCAGUUGUUUGUUUGUUUUGUGCAUUUUUCAUCAUUCAUCUGUUUGCCUUGUAUCCGUCUCACAGUUUCUGGUUUCUGUUGCUUCUGUCUGCCAGGUGCUGCUACUGAGCGAACACUAUCCAAUCGAGGUGAGAUUAAAAGGCUCCGCCCCCCUCCUGCAGGCCGCGCCCCUGCUGGUCCUGUUCAGCGCCAUCAUCCGGUUCUU